AUCUGUUUUAGGCUCUUCUUGUUAGUUAGUGCUGUGAUGUUUACAUUUGUUCAGGAUAAGUUUUGCUGAGGUAGUUUACACAAUGGUAAAUUGGGUUGUCAAACUAUUCUGUAUUCUAGUUGUUUCAACCUAAAUGCUCCAUAAAUUUUGUGAUUGGGUCAAGACUAAAUGUUUUUUCCUCUGACAAGUCACAUAGAAACCUGAAAGUGUUCAGUGUUCACGGGUAUGUUGUGCAAUGUUUGUUCCUUGUACCAUGUCUGAUUUUGGUUUGUGUUACUAAAUUAUGAGGAAGUAACCACAAUGCAAACUACAAAUGCCUCCAUUUUUCCUUUGUUAAUUAGACACACAUUUUUAAACUCGGUCCUCAAAUCGCACUACUCAUGCACUGGAAGAGGACCUUGGAGAUGUGGACACCAGUGAGUCUCAGAUUUGUAUAUGGGCUUGUCCUGAUGGUCUUUGCUUUUUCUUUUGUUUCAUCUGAAGGAGGUGGCAGUGGCAUUGGCAGAGCAGUGUGUCAGAGAUUUGCCACUGAAGGUGCAUCUGUGAUUGUGGCUGACCGCAAUGAGGAAUCAGCCAAUCAGACCCUGGAACUCAUGUCACGUGACCACAAAGGUCAGGAGCACAUGGCACUGGGAGUGGACGUGUCAUCAAAGGACAGUGUGGAGAAACUAGUGACAAGUAUACAACAUCACUACUUCCAACCGCCCUCUGUAUGUGUGAAUGCUGCCGGGAUCACACAAGAUGAAUUUCUUCUUAAAAUGGAAGAAGAGGAUUUUGAUAAAGUCAUUGAGGUUAACCUCAAGGGCACAUUUCUUAUGACUCAGGCUGUCUCCAAGGCUCUAGUUUCGGCAGGUGCCCCGAAGGGCUCCAUCAUCACUGUGGGCAGUAUCGUGGGCAAGGUUGGGAAUAUUGGCCAGGCAAACUACUCGGCUUCUAAAGCAGGGGUUGAGGGACUUACUAGGACUGCAGCCAAAGAACUGAGCAAAUUUGGGAUUCGUUGCAACUGUGUGCUACCAGGGUUCAUCAGUACACCCAUGACAGAUCAAGUGCCAGAGAAAGUGAUCAGUAAACUCACAUCCAUUAUUCCAAUGGGAAGAAUGGGGGAGCCUGCUGAAGUCGCUGAUGCAUGUGCCUUUCUUGCUUCAGAUGACAGUCGAUAUAUUACUGGAGUCAGCAUUGAAGUUGCUGGUGGCCUUUUCAUUGGCUGACAACACACUACUAUCUACUGUCGAAAGUCACCAAAUUGUGCCUUCAUCCUUUGAAGUGAAAUAAUUGUCCUUGUAAAAAUUCCAUUUUAAUUGCUGUAAAAGUAAUGUUUGUACAAAAUGUAAUAAAUUAUACUAAAAAUGA